CUUCCCUCCCCUUCCCUCGAUUCUAGUUUCAUACCUUCAAAACCAAAAGUCUUCCCCCACCAAGAACUUUCUCACACCUUUUCUCUCCUCUCUCGCCGUAAGCAAUCUACCGACACCUCUCUCUCUCUCUCUCUUUAGAUAUAUCAGUAAUGUUGUGUGUAUGUACGUGUGAUAAUCUCCUCCCUCUGUGUUUCUCUCUAGAAUGAGAUUAGAGCCGUGAAAACAACUUUUGACAAUGGCGUUCCACGACCAUCUCUCCCAAGAAAUGGCUCUCCAGCACUUCGCCGACCAACACCUGGCAGACAACACGGCGGUUCUACGCGGGAUGUUGCCGGACCAACUCCACCACUCCUCCUCCGAUGCUCCCGGAAAGCACUCCGCCGGAGCUCCCACGUGGCUCAACAGCUCGAUUCUUCGGCAACAGAGCCACAACCACCACUACGGCGGCGGCGACGGGAGCUUCCUCCACCUGCAGACGACAAUCACCAAUUCGGACUCGUCGGCGUCGAACCAGUGGCUAUCGCGGUCGAUUCACGGCGAGAACGACGACGUUCCGGAGAUUGCUGCGGCGGCGAUGAAUCAGGAGAAGAAGGCGAGUCGACAGAGCGAGAGUGAUGGUAGUGGUGAAGAGACAAAUUGGCAAAGCGCCAAGUGCAAAGCGGACAUAUUGAACCAUCCUCUGUACGAGCAGUUGCUAUCUGCACAUGUUCAGUGUCUUCGUAUAGCCACUCCGAUCAAUGAGCUGCCGAGAAUCGAUGCUCAGCUUGCUCUGUCUCAGCAUGCGGUGGCCAAAUACUCGGUUCUCGGACAUGGUAAUCAGCCUCUGGAUGACAAGGACCUAGACCAAUUCAUGACACAUUAUGUUCUGUUACUCUCUUCCUUCAAAGAACAAUUGCAACAACAUGUCCGUGUUCAUGCAAUGGAAGCAGUGAUGGCUUGUUGGGACCUUGAGCAAUCUCUACGAAGCUUAACAGGUGUAGCACCUGUUGAAGGCACAGGUGCAACAAUGUCAGAUGAUGAUGAUGACCAAGCAGAUAGUGACACCAACUUGUUUGAUGGAAGCCUAGAUGGGCCAGAUAGCAUGGGGUUUGGUCCUCUUGUCCCGACUGAAACCGAAAGGUCCUUGAUGGAACGUGUGAGGCAAGAGUUGAAGCACGAGCUGAAACAGGGUUACAAGGAGAAGAUUGUGGACAUCAGAGAGGAAAUUUUGCGUAAAAGAAGAGCCGGAAAGCUGCCAGGUGACACCACCUCCCUCUUGAAAGCUUGGUGGCAAUCACAUUCCAAGUGGCCUUAUCCAACAGAGGAAGAUAAGGCCAGAUUGGUGCAGGAAACGGGUUUGCAAUUAAAGCAGAUUAACAAUUGGUUCAUCAACCAGAGGAAAAGGAACUGGCACAAUAACCCGUCAUCUUCUACAGCUCCAAAGAGCAAACGCAAGAGGUGAGACCAGCAAUGAACGCUUCAUGUAAAUGGACGACUUCAAGCCCAAAACCAGGCAUCAUGUCUUCUUUUGGCUAAAAUUAGUUGGAUUAAAGCAUCACACACUUGGAGCUCGUAUGGUGGUAUAGAAGAUUACAGCAAAUUUGAAGAAAUUGUUGUCUAAUAAAAUGAAAUUGCUGUUUGAUUCCUGCACGUGGUUGACCCAGGCACUGAACAAUGCCUGUUGGUAGGUAUUCUUGAAGACACAUUAUACAUAACAAGUUUGUAGUACUAUCUCAUUUAUUAGUAGAUUUAAAUGUUUAGCAUAUCAAAUUCUGAAAUAGAAACCACUCAAACUAUCAGUUAUUUUGUAACACAUGCUGGUGGAUUUGUAUAUUUUGGGCUUAGCGUUUUAUUUGUGUGAAUAAGAAUGGCUACAUGUUUUGGGUA